GGCUCUAAAGGCAGCACCGGCAUCUGGCUAACGUUACCGGAGAGAAAAUGUUUUCUGGGGGGCCGCUGGGGGCCGGCCGGGGCGGGCGAGGCUGAACUCCCCUUCCUGAGUCCCCCCUCCCGCGUUGGGUGCGCCCACCUCGGGGCUCCCGUGGCCCCCGCCCUCCCGGGCGCGCCGGGCUGGGAGUGAGGAGGUUGGCGCGAGCCGUGGGCGAGGCGGGGCCGCGCGCUGGGUCCCCCUCCCCCUCCCGCAGGUCCCCUCCGGAGCGCCCCGCGCAGCUUGCAUCUCCCGCUCCCCGCCUCCGGCCCGGCCCGGGGCGCCGUGGCGGUGGGCUCGGCCUGCCGCGGACAAGGUCAGGAGACGGAGAGGCGAUGCCCGAGUGCGACUGGAGGGAGCCGAGCGGAGGCGACAGCGGCUGGGAUCUGUCCCUCCUGACCGGGGAGCGGGACUGGGGCAGGCGCCGGUGAGGAGGAGAAGCGGCGGCGGCAGCGGCGCGGUGUUCUCCUCUCCGGCCAGAUUUCCUCUCCGAAGCAUCCCUGUUUGGCGCCCGAGAGCGCCUCCCGGCCGGGCAGGGGCGCUGGGAAAGAUGGAACCGGGGGACCGGGCCCGCACUGGUUCCCCGCAGCCGGCGGCCCCGGGGCCGUGGAGAGCUAGACCGGCGGGCGGCGGCGGCGGCGGCGGCGGCGGCGGCGGCGCCACCUUCUGGCUGCUGGACGGGAACAGCUGGCUGCUGUGCUAUGGCUUCCUCUACCUGGCGCUCUACGCGCAGGUGUCCCAGUCCAAGCUCUGCGAGAGGACCGGCUCCUGCUUCUCGGGCCGAUGUGUCAACUCCACCUGCCUCUGCGACCCGGGCUGGGUGGGGGACCAGUGCCAGCACUGCCAGGGCAGGUUCAAGUUAACAGAACCUUCUGGAUAUUUAACAGAUGGUCCAAUUAACUAUAAGUAUAAAACUAAAUGUACAUGGCUAAUUGAAGGCUAUCCAAAUGCAGUGUUAAGAUUAAGAUUCAAUCAUUUUGCUACAGAAUGUAGCUGGGAUCAUAUGUAUGUUUAUGAUGGAGAUUCAAUAUAUGCACCUUUAAUAGCUGUACUUAGUGGUUUGAUAGUCCCUGAAAUAAGGGGAAAUGAAACUGUGCCUGAAGUUGUUACAACGUCUGGCUAUGCACUGUUACAUUUUUUUAGUGAUGCUGCAUAUAAUCUAACUGGCUUCAACAUUUUUUACUCAAUCAAUUCUUGUCCUAACAAUUGCUCUGGUCAUGGGAAGUGUACGACUAGUGUCUCUGUUCCAAGUAGAGUAUAUUGUGAGUGUGAUAAAUACUGGAAGGGUGAAGCUUGUGACAUUCCUUACUGUAAAGCCAAUUGCGGCAGUCCAGAUCAUGGUUACUGUGACCUAACAGGUGAAAAGCUGUGUGUCUGCAAUGAUAGUUGGCAAGGUCCUGAUUGUUCUUUGAAUGUUCCUUCCACUGAGUCUUACUGGAUUCUGCCAAAUGUUAAACCCUUCAGUCCUUCUGUAGGUCGGGCUUCCCAUAAAGCUGUUUUACAUGGGAAAUUUAUGUGGGUGAUUGGUGGAUAUACUUUUAACUACAGUGCUUUUCAAAUGGUCCUGAAUUACAAUUUAGAAAGCAGUAUAUGGAAUGUAGGAACUGUAUCAAGGGGACCUCUCCAGAGAUAUGGGCAUUCUCUUGCUUUAUAUCAGGCAAACAUCUUUAUGUAUGGAGGCAGAAUUGAAACAAGUGAUGGCAAUGUCACAGAUGAAUUAUGGGUUUUUAACAUACAUAGUCAGUCAUGGAGUACAAAAACUCCUACUGUGCUUGGACAUGGUCAGCAGUAUGCUGUGGAGGGACAUUCAGCACAUAUUAUGGAGUUGGAUAGUAGAGAUGUUGUCAUGAUCAUAAUAUUUGGAUAUUCUGCAAUAUAUGGUUAUACAAGCAGCAUACAGGAAUACCAUAUCUCAUCAAACACUUGGCUUGUUCCGGAAACUAAAGGAGCUAUUGUUCAAGGUGGAUAUGGCCAUACCAGUGUGUAUGAUGAAAUAACAAAGUCCAUUUAUGUUCAUGGAGGCUAUAAAGCAUUACCAGGCAACAAAUAUGGAUUGGUAGAUGACCUUUAUAAAUAUGAAGUUAACACUAAGACUUGGACUAUUUUGAAAGAAAGUGGGUUUGCCAGAUACCUUCAUUCAGCUGUUCUUAUCAAUGGAGCUAUGCUUAUUUUUGGAGGAAAUACCCAUAAUGACACUUCCUUGAGUAACGGUGCAAAAUGUUUUUCUGCCGAUUUCCUGGCAUAUGACAUAGCUUGUGAUGAAUGGAAAAUAUUACCGAAACCAAACCUUCAUAGAGAUGUCAACAGAUUUGGACACUCUGCAGUUGUCAUUAAUGGGUCCAUGUAUAUAUUUGGAGGAUUUUCUAGUGUACUCCUUAAUGAUAUACUUGUAUACAAGCCUCCAAAUUGCAAGGCUUUCAGAGAUGAAGAACUUUGUAAAAAUGCUGGUCCAGGGAUAAAAUGUAUUUGGAAUAAAAAUCACUGUGAAUCUUGGGAGUCUGGGAAUACUAAUAAUAUUCUUAGAGCAAAGUGCCCUCUGAAAACAGCUACUUCUGAUGACAGAUGUUACAGAUAUGCAGAUUGUGCCAGCUGUACUGCCAAUACAAAUGGGUGCCAGUGGUGCGAUGACAAGAAAUGCAUUUCAUCAAACAGUAACUGCAGUAUGUCUGUGAAAAACUAUACGAAAUGUCAUGUGAGAAAUGAGCAGAUUUGUAACAAACUUACCAGCUGUAAAAGCUGUUCACUAAACUUGAAUUGCCAGUGGGAUCAGAGACAACAAGAGUGCCAGGCUUUACCAGCUCAUCUUUGUGGAGAAGGAUGGAAUCAUAUUGGGGAUGCUUGUCUUAGAAUUAAUUCCAGUAGAGAAAACUAUGACAAUGCAAAACUUUAUUGCUAUAAUCUUAGUGGAAAUCUUGCUUCAUUAACAACCUUGAAAGAAGUAGAAUUUGUACUGGAUGAAAUACAGAAGUAUACGCAACAGAAAGUAUCACCUUGGGUAGGCUUACGCAAGAUCAAUAUAUCCUACUGGGGAUGGGAAGACAUGUCACCAUUUACAAACACAACACUACAGUGGCUUCCUGGUGAACCCAAUGAUUCUGGGUUCUGUGCGUAUCUAGAAAGGGCAGCAGUGGCAGGCUUAAAAGCUAAUCCCUGUACCUCUAUGGCAGAUGGUCUUGUCUGUGAAAAACCUGUUGUUAGUCCAAAUCAAAAUGCAAGGCCUUGCAAAAAGCCAUGCUCUUUAAGGAUGUCGUGUUCCAACUGUACCAGCAACGGCAUGGAGUGUAUGUGGUGCAGCAGCACGAAGCGAUGCGUUGACUCGAAUGCUUACAUAAUCUCUUUUCCAUAUGGACAGUGUCUGGAGUGGCAGACUGCCACCUGCUCUCCUCAAAAUUGUUCUGGAUUGAGAACCUGUGGACAAUGUUUGGAACAGCCUGGUUGUGGCUGGUGCAACGAUCCUAGUAAUACAGGAAGAGGACACUGCAUUGAAGGGUCUUCCCGGGGACCAAUGAAGCUUGUUGGAAUGCAAAAUAAUGAGAUGGUUCUUGACACCAGUGUUUGUCCUAAAGAGAAGAACUAUGAGUGGUCCUUUAUCCAGUGUCCAGCUUGCCAGUGUAAUGGACAUAGCACUUGCAUCAAUAAUAACGUAUGCGAACAGUGUAAAAAUCUUACCACAGGAAAGCAGUGUCAAGACUGCAUGCCAGGUUAUUAUGGAGAUCCAACCAACGGAGGACAGUGUACAGCUUGUACAUGCAGUGGACAUGCAAAUAUUUGUCAUAUGCACACAGGAAAAUGUUUCUGCACAACUAAAGGAAUAAAAGGUGAUCAAUGCCAAUUAUGUGACUCUGAAAAUCGCUAUGUUGGUAAUCCACUUAGAGGAACAUGUUAUUACAGCCUUUUGAUUGAUUAUCAGUUUACAUUCAGCUUAUUACAGGAAGAUGAUCGCCAUCAUACUGCCAUAAACUUCAUAGCAAACCCAGAACAGUCAAACAAAAAUUUGGAUAUUUCAAUUAACGCAUCAAACAACUUUAAUCUCAACAUUACAUGGUCAGUUGGUUCAACAGCUGGAACAAUAUCUGGGGAGGAGACCCCUAUAGUUUCCAAGACUAAUAUAAAAGAAUACAGAGAUAGUUUUUCCUAUGAAAAAUUUAACUUUAGAAGCAAUCCAAACAUUACGUUCUAUGUGUACGUCAGCAACUUUUCAUGGCCCAUUAAAAUACAGAUUGCAUUCUCACAACACAAUACAAUCAUGGAUCUUGUGCAGUUUUUUGUCACCUUCUUCAGUUGUUUUUUAUCCUUAUUACUGGUGGCCGCUGUGGUGUGGAAGAUCAAGCAAACAUGUUGGGCUUCUCGACGGAGAGAGCAACUGCUUCGAGAACGACAGCAGAUGGCCAGCCGUCCCUUUGCUUCUGUUGAUGUAGCCCUGGAAGUGGGAGCUGAACAAACAGACUUUCUGCGAGGGUCAUUAGAGGGAGCACCCAAACCAAUAGCCAUUGAACCAUGUGCUGGGAACAGAGCGGCAGUUCUGACUGUGUUUCUUUGUCUACCGCGAGGAUCAUCAGGUGCCCCUCCCCCAGGGCAGUCAGGCCUUGCAAUUGCCAGUGCCCUAAUAGAUAUUUCACAACAGAAGCCUUCAGAUAGUAAAGACAAGACUUCAGGAGUCCGAAAUCGAAAACACCACCUCUCAACACGUCAAGGAACGUGUGUCUGA